GUGUGAGAGGGAGAGAGAGAGAGAGAAAGAGAGGGAUGGAAAACUCAGCUUGAGCUCUUCUUUCACUCUCCUCGAGGAAGCGCGCGGAGCUCUGUAUCGAAGACACCGGUCAUACAAGCGACCUCGUUUAACUUCCUAAUAUCGGGACUUAAUAAACUCUGAAUCUUUGAUUUCUCCUUCGAUGGCUCCUAUGAUGCGUGUCUUGACUCCUGGGCUCGUGAGGAGACUGCAGCAGUAGUCUGGUCAUGGCGUUUCCUCAAGGAUACUUGUAUCAUUCGUCUCUGUCUCUGUUCUCGUGCCCUCCGUACGGCUCCAGCGCGAUCACGGGACCGCACACGGAUGAUCUGGGACGCUCCUCCAGCGGAUCUGCUUUCGCCCCGUACGCGUCACCAGCCUUCAGCUCACUCCGGUACAGUCCCGAACCCACAGCCCCCUUCACUUCCUACGGGGGCUCCCCAUAUGACCCUUCUGCAGGCAUGACCGGCUCUGUGGGCUAUCACCCGUACGCCGGUCCCCUGGGCCCGUACCCGUUCGGAGACCCCGCUUACCGGAAGAACUCCACACGAGACGCCACCGCCACCCUGAAGGCCUGGCUCGGCGAACACCGGAAAAACCCUUACCCCACCAAAGGAGAGAAGAUCAUGCUGGCCAUCAUCACCAAGAUGAGCCUCACUCAGGUGUCCACCUGGUUCGCCAACGCGCGCAGAAGACUCAAAAAAGAGAAUAAGAUGACGUGGACGUCACGGAACCGGAGCGAGGAUGAAGAUGAGGAGGACAGCAUUGAUUUAGAGAAAACCGACGAGGACGACGAGCCGCUCAAAACAGCCGUGAAAGCACAGAUGACCAAAGAUUCAGUUGUGGAGGACUGCACGGAAGAUCAGGACGACGCGACGGAUGGUGUCACACUCGACUGUGAGCAAGAGAACCGGACAGUGUCUGUGUCUCCGGUGCCAACGACCUCCUCUCCCCAAAACGAGCUGAGCGAAGCCAGGAGGCCCCUCAGUGAAGACUGCCAGUCCACAUCUGUCACUCACUCCGCAAACCCGACCCCCAAACCCAAACUCUGGUCCCUGGCCGAGAUCGCUACGUCGGAUAAGAGGAGUGACGAAGCGUCACAGACACCAGGGGCGUUACCGCCCGUCGGGUCACCAGCGCAGUGCCCCUUUCCCUCCAGACACUUCUACUACACAUCUCCUCUCUGCGCGGGCUUCACGAACCACGGCGCGCUCGGACACCUGCAGGGUUCGAUCCCGGCGCAUCUGAGCGGAGUUAAUCAGACGGUGUUUCACAGAGCGAGAGACAGCACACCGACUCUGCACGAGAGCGACAACCUUCUUUAGUGCUUUUAUCCGUGAUUUCUUUAUUUAAACGCAUUUUACGUCUGAACUUCACAGGGAGCAAAACACUUUUUAUAGCUAUAUAAAAAAAGGAAUUUAUAUGGAGUCAUGCUUUUUUUUUUUUUUUUUUUUUUUAUAUAUUUUUUUGUGAGAUAUCUGUGCAAGAGGCCAAAGUACUUAUAAAUAAAUAAAUUAAAUUGUUAUACCUAUCAGCUGGUUAAAUAAUGAUUGCAAAUUUGUCAGUGCUUAUUCUAGAUUCAGUGGUUUUGUUUGUGUCUAAAUUAUGCAUAUGUUCUCUUUAAACUUAAAACUCAUAAAUGGCACAUUUUAUUAGGAAAUGUUUAAAUAAUUACGUGAGAGUUGCUUUUAUAUGCUUGCAGAAGAGAAACUAUAUAUUAAGCGUCAGGUCCAGUCUCGUGAAAUUCUCUCCCUGGUCUGAAGACAUCAGUCUGGAAAAUGUAGUAUCUGCGCCCGAGAUAUUCUUUAUAUAUAUUUUGACCCAUUGUGGAUUAUUCCAUCAUCUGUUCUUUGCAGAAUGGUGUGCAGUGCCUUCCUGAUUUGCUCUCAACUGUGCUAAACCUACAUGGACUCAAAGAAAACACUCAAUACACUCGCCUCCUGGGAAUAAUACGGUGGAUAAAUUGUACAUUUAUAUAGCACAAGUCAACAUUUAUUGCAGGGGGAUUAUGGGAUAGUACUCUUAAGUGGAGGAGAUAUUACGUUUAUGCUCCAUAAAGCAUCUUCUCAUGAAAUAUGUGUUGCUUUUUUCCUGUGAUGCGGAAACAGUGAUGGGCUAAAAAUGUUCAAAGAGCAUUUUAAAAGGUAUUAAACGUGCUAAUUCAAAAUGCGGUAAACGCUUUGCAAGAAAGACGGGAUCCAGGAAAGACAGGAGUCUGACAUCAACAAACAUCAGAGAAGCACCUCGGGCCCGUGGCUUACAGCGCUAAUGCAACGUUUGUGUACACAAAACCACAAAAAGAGGCUGCAAGGACUUGAAAAGCUCUCGAAUCCCUCCAGUAAAUUCAAAGUUCGGGUAUAUAUUUAUACUCGGCCCUACACUAUUUCACAAUUCACUGAAUUCAAAGCUUUGUAACUGAAGGAGCCCUGGCAAAACUGUCCAAACUAUCCAGUCAUCCUGUGACCAAUCUCACAUUCAACACUCAUUUUAUAUUUGUAUUGCUUUGCAAGGGGGGUUUAAAGAACCGAUAUAAAGAUCAGUUUUCAUUCUAUCUCUUUUCUAAAUGUGUAAACACAAAAUAUCACUAGUGAUUGCUGAAAAAUGGGUUCUGACUGCAGAGCUGAUACAUUUGUUGCUAAUAUCUUUCUUUUAGUUUUGUUGUUGCCAGCUCUUAAAUAUGCUUUACUGCAUAAAUGUUUAACGCUUUAUAUAGAGCUGUUAUUUUGCUAUCUCUAACUCUAAUAGCAUUUCAUAUAUAUUUCAACAAUUGGGCUUUUUAUUAUUAUUGUUAUUUUAUGUCUUGUGUAAAAUACACAUUCCAGAUAUGGUACUAUAAACCUCGGCAAUUACGACUUUAGAUAAAAAAAAUUACAUUUAAACUAAAAUGAUACAUUCUUAUGACGUUAUGGCUCAUGUAGAGACCAAAAACAUGCACUGACGACAUAACAAUUACAUUUUUGGUGGAAAUGUCUUCUAGUAUUCCUGUUAUACUGUAUGUUUCAAUUGUGGCCAGUCUAGAGCGAGAGAAAAUGUGUGAAAAGCUCAUCCACUCUUCAUUCCCCAUCCUAAUCAAUAUAGGUGGGCUGUUUAGAAGCAUGCACGCUUUUGCUCUUAACUAAAGGCUAAGUAAAGCUUUUAAAAGCAUUGAUUUGGAGCAAAUCGAUGGGGUCUGAGGGAGUUUUCUGCAUAGUGAGAAGGAGCUAACAGGCCGCUGAUGAGACAGACAGCACUGAAUGUCAAAUCAGUUGUUUACAAAAUGUUUUCAGUUGAUAAAGAGUGUUAACUUUGCCUGGAUGAAAUGUAUUAUUAUUAUUUUUAUUUUAUAUUUUUUGCAAUGGAAUUUUGUUUCUUUUUAUUUAAUCCCGAGCUUUUCCAAUCACUGUGCCUCACUGACUUUUAUAAUGUACAUUAGUGGUUCUCAACUGGUGGGUCGUGACCCAAAAAUGGGGAGCAGGACUGUUCUGAUCUCGAACAGCGGCGACAAAAAUGCUUACAUGAUUUUAAAUGCAACUGACUAUAGAAUUGUGCAUGGUUGUGAUAUGAAAUAGUCCACUGCUGUACUUUUCAAUCAAAAUUCAUCUGUCAUUUGGUAAAAGCUAGUCGAGCCAUACACAUGGAAUUAAACACAGUUGACGUGAAAA